UUCUUGUGGAACGUGCGGCCUCUGUUUGACUGGGGUCAAAUCAAAAAUUGUCGUCGUCUUGCUUGAAAGAUCUGUCUGGUACAGGUGUGUGAAUUCGAGGCUGACCUCUGCACACGCAACAAUGUAGAUCUAUAGGACAAGGAAAAAAAGUAGUCUCCUUGUUCAGUGCAUUUAUUAUUAUAAUAGCAGAACAAAGAAAAUGAGCAUUAGUGCCAAGAAGCAUUGUAACUAAUUUCAACUAAUUCAAGUACUUGGACUGUUGUGGCAGAGUUGGGCCGUGCCUUUGUUCUAAAUUGUCGGAGCAAUGAAUGAUUCUGUUUAUCGUACUCGCUCGCUGGGUGUUGCGGCGACUGGCCUGCCAGAUCAGUAUGCAGAUGGAAAGGCUGCCACUGUCUGGAACAUUUAUGUCGGAAGUACUCAAGCAAGAACGAAGCUGUACAGAGAAAGUGUGUGCGACAUUCUACGUAGCCAUGGCUGUCAACAUGUGUUGGAUGUUGCCUGUGGAACAGGGGUGGACUCCAUCAUGCUUCUUGAAAAUGGAUUUAGAGUUAGCAGCAUAGACGCCAGUGACAAAAUGUUGAAGUACGCCCAGAAAACACGAUGGGCAAGGCGCAAGGAGGACGCCUUCGACAAUUGGGUUAUUGAGGAAGGCAACUGGCUCACCUUGUUGGAAACUGAAAUAGACUUCCCCAGUGAAGGCUUCGAUGCCGUCGUCUGUCUUGGUAACAGUUUUGCUCAUCUUCCGGACUUUGAUGGCACAAAUGGUCAGCAACGGUUGGCACUUCGCAACUUCUGUGAUGCUCUGAAGCCUGGUGGUAUCUUGCUGAUCGACCAUCGCAACUACGAUGCAAUCAUUGAUACUGGCAUUGCUCCGCCGGGUGCUAACAUUUACUAUAACAGCCCAUACGUUGACAACAUCAAGACCUCCGUUUUACGUGUGGACGGCAAGCCAAGCAUGGUUACUCUAGACUAUCAUUUACAGGUACCUCUGAGAUUAGUGAAGAAGCGCAGCCACCGAGGUCAUGUGAUAGCUGCUUCCAGUGGCACUGAAGACGAAGAUGAAGCGAAAGUGGCCAGUCACUUCCGCCUCUCGUAUCAUCCACACCGACUGGACGACUUCAAACGCCUUGUGUCCGAGUCUUUUAGCGAGAGCUUCGAGUCAGAUGAGGUUCUGGGCGACUUCCAAGACUUCUCCAAAGUUGCCACCCCGGCCUACUUUGUUCAUGUCGUGCGCAAGAAGGAAAAUCCGGACGCCUCUUCGGAACCCGAGAGCAAACGAAAGAUGAGUUUCUGAGGUGAACAUUGUGACCAGCCCUAUCUUGCCAUGUGUUUUAGGUGGCGGUGUUGGUGGCGGUGCAUGUACCUGCUCUACUCGAGUGCUAUUGUGACGUAAUCGUGGACGUGCCAUGCAAAGGAGAUCCUGCACCGAACUCUGAUCACACGCAAUUGUUCGCGUUCAAGUAAGUGGACAGCGGUCCUCGUGGAUGGCAACUUUGUCAUAUUGGGCUGAAUUCUCUGCGAAAAGACUUUUUUCCUGAGUUGUCAACAGCCAGUGUGUUUUCGAUUUUUACUAUUUUAUCAUGUUAGUUUCUAAAAUACUCCAAUAUUUUCUACAGUGAAUUAUCUAUUCUAUAGCUGAAUAGCUCCCGGGUUUUAUGGAAACUCUGUACUCGUAGAGUUGUUGUACUGUACUCCUAUCUACUUCUGUUGAUGCCCAUGUCAACAUGGCACAUGCGCUAGUAAUCAAGUUAUACCCAAGUGUUUUGAAGGGAUACCUCCCAAUACAUUUUUAGUAGUUUUUAAAUUCUGCUAUUCUGUAUGCAUAGCUUCACCAGUAGUUUAGGUUUGCGUGAACAAUACACAAUGCUACCCUCUCUAGUCUAAUCUGUGCGUCUGCGCACUGAAUAACUUAGGCCAAGAACUACUCUUCUGCUCCCAUGGGACGCCUCCAGGUAUGGCCCUAUACUGAUCUUGUGUCAGGUGUAGUCUAAGUUCGUAACCGGUGGGGGAGUGUAGGUCAGAUCCACCAGCCAGAGGACAAUUGGAAGAUCUGGCCACUUCCAAGCUCAGACCCUGGGACCUCUCAUUUCUCCAUCAUGGUCUCACAGUGUAUUGCAAGUACUAAGUACUAAAGACUUAGGUCAACCACUGUGCAUCUGUAGAUGGCACAUGAUAAAUUGAUUAUUAAAUUCA